AUGUUUUACCAUUAUUUUGUUGAUAACAUGGGCUGCUUUCCCAGCAAAACGAAACGAGUUCAAGAGACAACAGCUUUUGUACAUAAAGUCGAAGAUUUGAAAAUCCUGCCGAGUACCUUUGUUCAGAUCAAUCAAAGGUCAUUUUUAAAAGUUUACAAGCUUGGUCGUUCACUAGGCUCCGGAGCUUUUGGUGAGGUGAGAUUUUGCACCCAUAAAAAAACAAACGCGAGGCGAGCUGUAAAAAUUUUCAAAAAAGACAUUUUCACAAAUGAAAUAGACAAAGAAAAACUAGUAAAGGAGAUCGAAAUUUUAAGAAUUCUGGAUCACCCAAGUAUAGUAAGGGCAUACGAAUUUUUUGAAGAUCCAGCUGAUUUUUAUAUCGUUAUGGAGCACUGUAGAGGCGGAGAACUUUUCGAAGAAAUCAUGAAAAAAAAGCAGUUUAAAGAGGAGGAAACUGCUAUUAUAAUGAAACAGAUUUUUUCUUGCCUGGCUUAUAUACAUUCAAAGCAUAUAAUCCAUAGAGAUUUAAAGCCAGAAAAUAUUUUGCUUGACGAUCAUUCAGAUUUUUUGAAUAUAAAGUUAUACUUUUAAGGUUCUCUGUACCAAAGGGAGAAAAUAAUUAGCUUUUUAUGAAUAUUGAUAUAGCCAGGCUUAAUUGAUUUUGGCACAGCAACAAAAUUCAAUCCAGGCUCUAAAGUCAAAGGAGCCUUAGGAACUGCUUAUUAUAUAGCCCCUGAGGUGUUGGCUGGCAGUUAUUCAGAAAAAUGUGACAUGUGAAGUGCCGGAGUUAUCGCUUUUGUACUACUUGCUGGCUAUCCUCCAUUUGAAGGUGCAAAUGACGAAGAAAUUAUCCAGAAAGUAAAAGUUGGAAACUAUAGUUUUAAAGGCUCCACCUGAAAUAAAGUCACUGAAUUUGCAAAAGAUCUGAUAAGGCAUCUUUUAGUGCCUGAGAAGGACCGACUCAGCGCUAUUGAAGCUUUAAACCAUCCUUGGAUUCGAGAUGUAAACAUCAAUAAUGUAGAUAACGGCAAACUCCAAUCCACCUUACAGCACCUCACCAAUUACAAUUCAACCAAUAAGCUUAGAGAUGCCGUAAACACUUAUAUUGUUACUCAGCUCACAAGUAAUAAUGACACAAAAGAAGCAAGAGAAAUGUUCAGAGCUCUAGAUACCAAUGGUGAUGGAAAACUCAGCAGAGAAGAGCUUAUCAGAGGGUAUGUAAAACCUGGAGGAAUUACAGAAGAAGAUGUAGAUAGGAUUAUGAGGGAAGUUGAUACAGAUUUAAAUGGCUAUAUAGAUUAUACAGAGUUUCUAAAAGCUGCAGUUGAUCAGCAAAAAUACGCGUCGCAGUCAAACUUGAAAAUUGCUUUUGAAAUGUUUGACAGAGAUGGAAGUGGGAAAAUUUCAGCAUUAGAGCUGAAAGAGAUGCUGCAAGGAGAAAAUGCGACGAAUAAUGAGCUGUGGAAUGAGCUUAUUAAAACUGUGGACCAAAAUGGGGAUGGUGAAAUAGAUCUCAAAGAAUUUGAAGAUAUCAUAUUAAAUAAGUUUUAA